AUGCGAUGCUUCAGCGUGCAUGCAAUCUACGCCUUGUCGAUCAUAUGCCAACUUGGCAGUUGUGUGGGUGCAAACCCAACUAGACAUCCCUCGGAACUGAUAUUUCGUGCUGGCAUCAUUCAUAGCAACACAUUCAAGGACUUCUUUGAUGGUCUUCGUGUCGCGCUUCAAGAAAUAGCUCUACGCGAUAAUGUCACAUUAUCAUUCCAAGUGGAAGAAAUCGGCGAAGAUUAUGAAGGAACCCUUUCUCUAAUUGGCCCCGACUGUCUUGAUGGUGAAACAAGAAUUGUCAAUAACAGAACAUAUGGCUGUUCUGCGUUUGACUUCCUAAUAGGUGAUUUCUGGCCUCAACCGGAUCGCUAUGAACACUAUGAUUUCACACCAGCAUACUUGACAACCUCAUUGUCUGCUCUGAAGUAUACAAUGAAGACACUGUCUCCCGAUAUCACAUCAUUGACUGACGCGUCGAGAACCCGAUCAGUGAUAUGUGGUGUAGGCGAUUCCCUCUUUGUAGAGGGGUUUGUUCUUAAAAACUUUCCAGGUGCCACUGUCGAGCCUUGUCAAGGCGAAGACCCGGUUCAAACCUGCUUGCGUCAGCUUGAAAAAGAGGAGUGCUCACUGUUCGUCGCAGACGAGUUAGUUCUCAGAAAGAUUCAGUCGGACGAGAGUAAGUUUAGACUGACUGGAGAACAAUUCAUGAAACAAAAUCUUGCUUGGCCUGUUCGCAAGGAUCUAGAUCCGACAAAAGCUUUCUUGCUCAACAAGUGGAUCUAUGCUGCGCUCAGUAGCCAGGCAAUCGACAACCUCUUUGUAAGCAUGCAGGUCCCCGAAGUGCUGAAUAUGAUUCCGAAUGACAUCAAGUACACUGCCUAUGCUAUGUUUGGUUUGAAUGCUUCAGCAAUCUUCUUGUGUGCCGCGUGGUUGUACAAUCAUUGGUGGAGCCCGCAAGUUCGAUUCAGUCAGCCGAACCUCCUUCUACUUGUAUUGUUGGGGUGUAUGUUUAGCUCAUCAACCAUCAUUGCCAUUUCGCAGGAAAACGAGGGAGAGGGCCCUGUAAAGGCUUGUAUCGCGAUUCCUUGGCUCUACUCCCUUGGAUUCUCCAUUACGUUUGGCGCACUUUUUGCGAAAAUUCGCCGAAUCUAUUCCAUUUUCAACCAGCAAUGCGAAAGGCCUGUUAGUGAUACUCUAACAUCUUCGUUCAGGGUUCGAGGGAACAUAUCUGCGAAAGAGACACUUUUUACAAUAGGCGGGGUUCUCUUGUUGGAUUUUACGGUGCUGGCGCUGUGGACAGCUUUGGAUCCAUUGCAUUGGGAAAGAUUUACAACACUGGAAGAUCAGUUUGGGGAUCCGUUGGAAUCACAAGGUUACUGCACGUCCGAUCAUUGGGAGCCUUUUUUUGGAAUGCUUGUCAUUAUUCACAUUUCACUAGUCGCAUUAGCUACAUACAUGUGCUACAAGGCGCGGGGGAUACCGACGCAGUACAGCGAGCACAAAUAUGUGACUGUUGCUAUGGGUUCAAAUCUACAACUAUUCAUGCUCGGAAUCCCACUUCUUUUAAUUGCUAGUACGGAUCCUGGUGCUCAUUUCUUCGUUCGAAGCGCUGUUAUUUGGAUGAAUGAUUUGAUGAUUAUUAGUCUGAUAUUUGGGAAUCUAAUGAUCAAGGUUUACAAGUCGAAUGCUGCACUUAACAUGGAUAAAGUUCAAGGGGCAAUCAAUGGUAUUCAACGACGAAGAAGUGCUGAACAUGCUCGACGAAUGUCAUUUGGGGACUCAGAGAGGGGCGACAGCUUUGUCCAACGAAGGAAUAGCGGUGGGCAUGCUACAAGAAGGAACAGUGGUGGAAACAUUCCCCGAAGGAACAGUGGUGGGCACAUUCCACGAAGGAACAGUUUUGGACAUACUACUCGAAGACCAUCACUUGGGAAUGCAGACAGAUUCAACCCACUUGGUGAUUCAGAUAGGUCCUCUCCAGCAGUAAUGCAGAAAGUAAUCGAAAGUGGGAGUACUGGGCUAAGCUCCAUAGAUUUGGAGUCCCAUGAAGAACCAUCCACCGAGAUCGAUCAGGAGCCCGAGACACCCAAGGAUGAUAGGCAGUCAAAAAAUAAUGAAUCUUUUUUGUCUGAGAUGUCACUAAGUGGAUUCGAGCUAAGCGAAUCCUCAGAAGAUGAUCACAAUGGGUCGAGCGACUCUUCACGCUGGCGUACAAGCUUGGGGCUCGGGCAAAAGCAACUUCUCCUCACGCAUUCGCAUGGAGAUGUACCAAUGAUGCCAAUGCGAGAUCAGACUAUCGUCGAGGAGUUGGAGGAAGAUGGCGACAACGAAGAUUAUUCCUCUUCUACCGACCAUGACGAGACGAUGUCACAAGGCCAAGACGGACCAGUAGGCAUUCGGAUGGAGCUGCCAUCAAUCCAAGAGCUAUGUAGCGAAGAUCGCUACAGGGCCAGUACUUGUUCGACCCAGCCUCCGUUUAUGCCCUUUAGGUCACCAUCGAAAGAAGAGUAUACGUCUCGAACGGAAUCACCAAGCAGUUAUGCUUCCACUAGCUCGAUAAAGUUGAGCCCAAAAUCCUUAUCGAAUCUGCGACGAGAAGCGCUCCUUUCGCCAAGUCAAACCGAAACAGCCCCUAAUAAGCCAAUGCGGCUGGAAUCAGAGCACGAAACCAUCGACAAUAGUUGGCGCACCCGGAAAGAUGAUCUAUCAGCAAGUGACACACCAAACAACCCUCAUCAGGCUCCAACGCAGCCUUUGAGGUUUCUAUCAGAGGAAGAGGAAAUCGAGAGCGUAAAAGAGUUCCGAAUCCCAUACCUAGAAUCAUGA